AGGGUGCGAAUUUUGCGAAGUGCGAACUCAAAAAUGCUGUUGAUCGUGUUGAUUUCAAUCGCUGCUGUCUGUUGUUGCGCUGCCGGAGCAGCACCGCGAAACGAAGACCAGCUUGUCCCGCAUACUUUUGCCGGACUCAACACCAAUGUUUCUCAAGGGCCCGGGGCAACGGAAGCGAGACUGAGAGCCUGCGCAGAUUCACGAGCGCGUUGGUUGGCCAGUGACAAGUCAGAUAUGUCCGCCUGCCUCCGGGACCUUCUGGCAGCAUCCUUUGAGAAACUGCGAACAGCGGACGGACUCCCGGCGCUUGGAGUGCCAUCUAUGGAGCCAUUGUAUGUGACUAAGGCGACCAUCAGCGACUCCAGCGUUUUCACGGGCACCAUCAGCAACCUCUACGUUCACGGGUUCUCAGAGGCAUUCCUCAAGCCCAAUGUCAACGUUCAGCCCUCAAAGAAGAAUGGAUUGAUGCAAAUAAAAAUGCGAGCUCCCAAAGGAUUGAGAAUUCUUGGAGACUUUGAAGCUAAGGCAUAUUUGCUCAGGUCUGUUAUUCCAUUCUACGACGGUCCUCCUUCCGAAGUCAGCGGACUUUUCGACGCUGAAAUUGAUUCACCGACUUUGACAAUCAAUGCUGCCUACACCAAUGACCCGGACCAUGGAGCAGUUGUGGACGGAGUGCAACUAUCUUUCAAUUUUGACAACGCCAGAGUCAAGCUGAGGAAUGAGAAGCUGCUCACAAACACAUUGUUGACCUUGUUGAACGGGAUGUUGGAAGACUCGGAUUUGUCCAGGAAAGUCAUCAAUGAAGCCACACCGGAUAUCCUGAGGGGAUUUCAAGAUCCGAUGUUCAGGUUGUUGGAUUCCGGAUUCGAUGAAACCAAAGACAUUGUUGGACGAUGAAAUAUAUGCAGAAACAUUUUUUUCUUCCUUUUGUCGGGAAUCCUUUGCGCUUUUUUGAUGCUGUUAUUGAAUAAAAUUCCGUCCCUGUCAUUUCUAUUUUUUUCUUUGAUUUAUGAAAUCGUUUUGUUUUUUGGAAUGUUUUUUUUCUGUGGAAUUGUUCGUACAAUGUGCUGCUUAAACCAGUCGAUUUUCUGCACUGAUGGUUUUUGUUUUUUAUGAGAAUUUCUUGACUUUCUACCAGAUCAGGAUGAGUUUUGGCACGAAGACUUGUGAGAAGAGUGAUUAUGAGUAUGCAAAGAAUCAUGCGUUUUUCCGGAAUUCUAUGUGUUGAGAAAUUAUUGCAGGCAUGUCCAUAAUUCAUGAUAAUAAAAAUUGUUGCAGUUUGAA